AUGUAUAAUAUUGAUUGGAUUCUUCCGAAACUUCGGAGUCCCAAGGGAAAACUAUGGAAUUUCGCCAGCACAUUAACAUUGGUAGCCGUUGGUAUAUUUAGUAAAAUAAUUGUAGUUUGGCUCAGUAAACCAAAAGUCCAUAAUGCAGAUAUUUUAUUUAAUGCAAUAGAAAAUCGAAAAAAAAAAGUGCCAUUAUUGACUAUUUCUAAUCAUCAUUCUUGCUUUGAUGAUCCUGGCAUUUGGGGUAUUUUAAAAUUAAAACAUUUUAUUAAUUCUGAAAAAAUGAGAUGGUCUUUAGCUGCGCAAGACAUAUGCUUUACAAACAAGAUUCAUUCGUAUUUUUUUUUACUCGGAAAAUGUAUUCCAAUAAUAAGAGGAAAAGGAGUUUAUCAAGAAUAUAUGGACUAUUGUUUAAAAAUAUUAAAAAAAGGAUAUUGGCUUCACAUAUUUCCAGAAGGAAAAGUUAACAUGGAAAAAACAUUUCUUAGAUUUAAGUGGGGAGUCGGUAGAUUAAUUUACGAAUUACCAGUCUUACCCGUAAUAAUACCUAUAUGGCAUGUCGGAAUGGAUGAUCUACUCCCAAAUUACCCUCCUUAUAUUUUUAAAUUAGGACACAAAGUCACAAUGAAUUUUGGAAAACCAAUAGAGGUUAAGACACUUUUAGAAAAACUAAAAAAAAAUAAUUGCACAGAUGAAGAAGCUAGAAAAGCAAUAACAGAUCAUAUUCAAGAAGAAUUAAUGAAGCUAAAAGAAGAAACCGAGGCACUUCACGAAAGGAAUUUAAAAAAAGGUUCUUGA